GACUCAACCGGCGCUCACUUCAGUCGACGCCGAACCGCGCCACGCGCGUUAGCCGAAGCUGUUUGGUCCUGCGUCGCCUCGCAUCGCGUCGCGUCGCGUGCGUUUCUCUCCCUCGUUCUCUCGUACGUGGUAUGCGGAAACGCGUCCCUCCCGCGUUCGUCUCGUGCGGAAAUCGUCGCCGCGGCAACGACGAUGGUAGUUCCACGGGACGAUGAUCAUCCGGCAUCGUCGCGUUCCGCGUGAAGUGCGUCGCUCUCGAUCCGGCCGGAACGGCGAACAAGUGAGAUGAUAGUGACGAACGUCGCGCGUUCGACCGCUCCUGCUUCGUCGUAUUGUUCGCAUUGUUCGUAUUGUUGACCGUACAGCGACUCUGUACUCGGCCGCGUGUUCAGCUUCGUUGCGUUGAUCAUUAAUUCUGCCACACGGAUACCCGGAGCCGUCGGGCCGUCGGACGGGAUCGUCAUCGAUCAUCGCUGGCUGCGCCGCGAGGGAGACAUGGACUUCGUCAUAUUAAAGGUGAACGGACAAGACGUCUCAAAUUCUAGUCACGAGGAUGCCGUGCGUUGCUUCCAGUCAGCUCAGGAGCCAAUUAUCGUGGAAGUGCUCCGACGACAACCCAGCGGGCACCAACAGAUACCUCACACACCCUCCAAGGAGCACGAAAGGAUCGCGUGUCACGAUAAAAGCGAGGGAACGACGAACGGGAGGUGCCCGAUAGAAGAGCAAACGUGCAACGACGACGUCAAGAAAGACGCGACAUGUCCUCUCGUGUCGACCGCGGUUCAAACGGACUGGGCUGGUCUUAUAGAGGAGGAGGAGCUGCUUCCGGUUCCCCUCGUCGAGGAACAAGCAAACGACAGCUUCGAAGACUUUCUCGCCCAUGACAUCGACUUCGAGGAGGUGACGUUGCGGAAAAGCGGAAGUGCCGAGAAGCUCGGGCUGACGGUGUGUUAUAGUUCCGGUUCCGGCAGCGAGGAUGCCGACACGGAGGUUUAUAUCUCGGAAAUAGUUCCUGAAAGUCUCGCUGCCCGAGACGGUCGGCUACGGGAGGGAGAUCAGAUCUUGCGGGUCAAUGGCAAGGAUGUCGCGAACAAGGAGCAGACUGAGAAUUUGUUCGCGGAAACGAAAAACGCAGUGACGAUUCUCGUCAGCCGAUGUGUAUAUCAAGACGACGAAUACGAUGACAGGCGUAUCUAUCAUCAAGGUUCGCCGCCGCUGUCACCCGAGAAUAUACCGGCGUAUCAAAACAGCAUGAUCGAGCAACUGAUCCGCCAACAACAGCAACAACAGCAGCAGCAGCAGCAAACGGAGGAGCGUGUUAAGGAGAGUGAGAUAAAUAAUUGCACCCUGAAAGUGCCACUACCCCCUACACCAUCUCAUACUCAACAACAACAGCAGCAGCAGCAACAACAACAGCAACAACAACAACAAUCCGCCAGCAUUUUCUCCACGAAUUCAUCGUCCACGUGCUCGUCACAGAACUCGCACAAGUCUGGCAAGAACGCGACCUCGCCGGCGCAUCACACGGAUGACCGCAAGCAGUGGAUGCAGGACGCGCUGAAGGAUUGCUCGAAGAGACUGGAGGGUGUCUCCUUGCGCGGCCAGCAACCUGUCACCCCUGCGGCACCGUCGGUGAAGCUCGUUGAAGCGUACUCGAGCCACGUUUGGAGUGACACCGAGCAUAUCUACGAGACAAUACCGGAAUCCGACAGCGAGCCCAUCUAUUCGUCACCGUACGAGCAUCAUCAGCAUUGGACGCAGCAAUCGUCAAACCACGUCGCCGCGACGCAGGCACAACCGCACAGCGGUGGCGGUGGCAGUGGCGGCACGCAGAAUCACACCACCGGCGGCCAACAAAACCAAAAGUGGCAGUCGUCCUCGAAGAGCAAUAGUUCUGGCGAGGAGAAGGACAGCUCAAGCGCGUACAACACCGGCGAGUCUUGUCACAGCAAUCCUCUGACUUUGGAGCUUCAUCAAGGCGAGAGGGACCACCACAAGAGCACGCUGGUACUGUGUCCACCGAAGACGCCUCAGCAGCAACAGCAACAGCAGCAGCAGCAGCAGCAACAAAAGUUGGGCUGCAUCUGUCCCAUGCCGGUGACGCCGACUGCGACGUCCGCAGCGACCAGACAAUCGAAGAACCCGAGCGCGAGAAGGAGCUCGUCGUCGUCGUCGCACCAUUAUAGAGAUCGUAACGAGCCGGCGAUGAACGCCAACACAUUGCCAGCCGACACCAUGUACACGAACGUGGCGAACCUGCAGCAAACGAUGAUGCUGCAGCAGCAGCUGUUCAAGCAGGCGCUCAAUCGCAAGAACCUCACGACCAAGGAGACAUCGACGACCGGCGCGAGGAAGUCCAAGUCCCACGGCAAUUUCCAAGCGCCGAACCUGACGCAGUACCAGUUUGUUGGCAGUCAGCAGGUGUGCACGUCCACCACCGCGUGGAUACCGCCGGAGGACAAGGGCGAGGUGCAGAUGGAGUGGAAGGUGAAGAGGAGAGCGGAUGGGACGAGAUACAUUGCCAGGCGGCCCGUCAGAAAUCGGAUACUGCGAAAUCGAGCGAUCAAGAUAUCCGAGGAGAGGGCCGGCCACACCACCGAGGACGACACUAUGUCGGAGAUGAAGGUUGGUCGCUACUGGAGCAAGGAGGAACGCAAACGGCAAUUGGAGCGCGCGCGCGAUCGCAAACAACGACAGCAGGAGCUAAUGUUGCAGCAGCAGCAGCAGCAGCAAAUGCAGCAAACUAACGAUAUGCUGAUAUGCGAACACACGGAAGACAAGGUGUCAAAGAAACCAUUGAACAUUGUAGAACUCAGUCACAAGAAGAUGGCACGCAAAAAGACGACGUUGGACGAUUUUACCACCGUGCAAGAAAUGCUGGUUCACGGAAACCGAGUGGGGACAGGCGGUCCCGGCGCGGGAGGAAAAUUAAUGGGUCUGCUAUCGGUUACCACGGUAUAAGCGAACUCGAUUCAGACCGCUCGUUGCGCAAAAUAUGCACGGCAAUGUACUUGCCGCGGAUGCGCUUAUUACGCCAACGGAUCUCGCACGAAGAAAAACGUCGGAAUUUUCGCCCGUAAUGCCGUAAUGCCCAUCGCGCCUUUAGUUACUGCGUGACAUUAUGCGUCUACUUCAUACAUUCGCGUGUGGACAGCAUUCUGCUUGUAAACGCACGUUGUGUAUCACGCAAAAGACAAUGUCGUAAAAUCGAGAUGAUGUUUGAAGGCUCGUAAAAGGUCCGAUACUUGCUCGAGUACUCCGUACGAGUCGAGAGAAUGCCCGCUCGACGUAUAUGUGCAUUUACGCAAGCACGUAAAACUUGCUUGACGAUCACGUCGCGGAGUAAUUCUCGUUGUACACGGUAAUUUGGUCCUGGACGACAAAACGUAAGUAACAGAAACCACGAGCGAAUUAUCUUCUCUCGGUGUACGUGAGAUGUUCAAUAAUAUUCCAAUUUUUGUGAUUCUGUGAGGGGAAAGAGGAGGUACACUAAACUGCAAUAAAGCAAGGAAGCUUCGUAUCGUAUGUGCACAAGCAAUGUGUGUGGAGCUUAUGUAACGCGUCCACUUUAUAACUGAUUUUGUAAAUAUAGUCACAUGCCCGAUAUAUGUCGAUGCGGAUCGUUUUACUGACUUUUACUGACGAACAUUUUAAGAGUAACAGCUGGGCGAUGAUAGAUUUGUAAAUAUGUAUGAUAAUCAAUGUAUUAAUCAUGGCACGCAUCAAUAUUCCUCUUGCUUCGUGAAUCGUCGCCUCAACGUCGAUUCCAUCAUGGACUCAUCGUCGUGGAUGUCGAGUGACGUUUACAGCGAGAACGGUUUCAUUCGUUCACGAAUAUUGCUCUUUAUAAAUUGUAUCUUGUACAGCCCUCCGUGAUUUUUACACCACUUUUGUAAAGUAUCUGAAGAGUGAAUGGUACGCGCGAAACGCGCCGAAAAUAAGAAACGCUCGAGGAAGCCUGCGAAAUCUUGCGUAAGUGUAACUCGUGUCUUAUUCUCAUGCAUAUAACUCGUGUGUAUUGAGCCGAUUAAUCAUUAUAUUCAUUUCGAUUCUCCUUCUCCAAGAGAAGAUGAUGAAAUAUUAGGACCCCGUAUUGCCACUGUCCGAACUGCUCUAUCACAUAUUUUAAAGACACGCGUUUAGAAGGAGGAUGUGAAUAAGGAGCGUGAGUAAGGAGCGAAUCGAGAGCAGAGCUCGAUAUAAAUUAAGCAAUCGCGUACCUCCCGAUGAGAAUUCAUUAGGAAAAGUGCGCGAUGCACCCGGAACGAUUAGAUACAAUAUACCGUUGUAGAAAAUACGUUGUACGAGAUAGAUUCUAAGCACAUAAGCGAUCACGCGCGCACGUUAUGCUGUCUUUUGUAUAUGUAGAUGCGAUAUAACGAUAAUUCUAAAUAUGUGUAAUGUAAAUAAAACACGAAUAAAAUAUAGCAUUAAUAUA